AUGGGCAGCAUAAAUACCGUGGAUGUGUUCUUGGACGAUCUAUUCACAGAGUUCCUGGAGCCCUUUGAGAGAGUAAUCCAGCCAGAGGAGCUGUGGCUCUACAAAAACCCCUUGGUGGAGUCAGACCACAUCCCCAAGAGGGUCAUGUUCGCAAUUUCAUUUCUCACUCCUUUGGCUGUGAUAUUCGUGGUGAAGAUCAUUCGGCGGACAGAUAAGACAGAAGUCAAGGAAGCGUGUCUAGCUGUCUCACUGGCUCUGGCCUUGAAUGGAGUCUUCACAAACACUAUCAAGUUGAUAGUUGGCAGACCCAGGCCAGAUUACUUCCAGCGCUGUUUCCCAGAUGGAAAGCUGAAUGUUAAGAUGCUGUGCACCGGAGAACCAGACCUGGUGUCAGAGGGACGCAAGAGUUUCCCCAGCAGCCACUCCUCUUUUGCGUUCUCUGGCUUGGGCUUCACCUCCUUCUACCUGGCUGGGAAGCUGCAUUGCUUCACGGACCAGGGCCGCGGGCGCAGCUGGCGUCUGUGUGCCAUGUUGCUGCCCCUCUACAGUGCUGUGAUGAUCGCCCUGUCCCGCACCUGCGACUACAAACACCACUGGCAAGAUGCCUUUGUUGGAGGGGUGAUCGGCCUGCUUUUUGCCUACAUCUGCUACCGGCAGCACUACCCCCCAUUCCUGCACAUGGACUGCCACCUGCCUUACGCCAGUCUGGCCAAAGCCCCCCACCUCGUCUCUGCCCAGGGCGACCCCCUGGUCCUGCCCACUGAGAACACCACCAGUCUGCCUCUGAAGGGGCUGACAGUGGGGCCACCCCUACCCCCAGACCUGGCCCGUAGCCUCACCCCCACCCAUCGAGCACCCAACCCCCUCUCACUCACACAGACUGAGUAGCUAACACUUACACAUUCCAGUGGACAGCACUGUACCGCCUCUCCCCCUCUCAACCUUUCUCCCAGUCUCUCGCCUUCCUCCACCCAUCCUCGCUCUUUCUUUGAUUUUUUCCCCUGCCUGAAUCAGGAGCCUUUCAGUGGUCUAUAUUUAGAGAGGCUGUGUAUGUGUUGGAAUAUAGGACAACACUGCUGGAGCAAAAAGGCAAAAGAACAUGAAAAAA